AAUUUUUCACAGCGUCAGCUGUUUUCGUUACACCUGUAACUUUGCUGUGUUCCGCCAGUAGAAAUGGCCGUGCGAAUGUUUUGAGAUUGAGCUAAAAACAGCAAACUCGAACCGAGGCCUACAACAGAUAACAAUUGCGCAUUGUAACUAGACACACACAGCAAGAUGGUGCUGGAGCGCCAAAACCCUGCCUCAGGUAAACUUAAACCUCGCAUGUCAAAUAAGGAACGUUUUCACUGCGUCAAUCCAGAGAUUAACCUUGCACUGUACCCAGCAUUAAAAGACUGGCUUCCGUGUAAUCAUGAAUAUCACGUCUGUGACUACAAGACCAUAAGGCAGACUCAGGACCAUGUCGAUUUUUCUGCCACCCUGAGAAUGACUAUAUCUACUAUCGAGGAAGUACAACAGUGGGUGAAGGACUCGACCAUCACCUGGAGGAUUGACCGGACCAGACCACCUAAGGGACAAAGAGUUAUUUUUAAGGUGGACUACAGAUGCCACCACAACACAAAACCUAGGAACACCAUGGAACCAUCUGGGAGACGGACCAAAAACACAAACUGCCCUGCGAAGAUGAGCAUAACACUCCAUCGCCCACAGGGAAGCAAUGGAAGGCAGUGUCGGAGCACGGAUCCUCACAUGCCAACUUUCCCGACACUCGUGCACAUCACCAAUGAGCACAAUCAUAACUUGCACGUACCGGAUGCAUUGAGGUACAAGGACGUUGGACCAGAAGCUAUACAGAAGUUAAAGAAGCUUUUCGAAGCCGGUCAUUCACCAUCUACAGCCCUGGACGUCUUAAAAUAUGACCUCCAGCUCGAACUCGGAGAGGAUUACGCGUAUGCAUCAGCAGACCGAUCGAUCUGCCCUGACAUUCAGUUCUGCUACAGAUUGUACCACCAAGUUUCUAAAUCUCUCAGAGAAGCCAGUCCAUCCUCUUCCAUUCUCCCCAGCCAAGAAACAACCACAUCCUGGGUAGCAGCUGAUCCGAUGGGACAGACAUGCAUCAUGGAGCACGAGAUUGUAACCACAGAAGUUUCAGAGGAGGACAAUCCCACAGACAAGCUGAAGUCGUGCUUAUCUGAUCUGUGUGAUAUCAUUGAGAAACAGCCGAGUGUGUGGUCCGCAACGCAGGACUUCAUCAAGGGAAUUGAACGGGUCCAGCACAACCCUGUGAAGCUAGCGUCAGCCAUGCAUGCGUUUGGUCGCUACAGCUGCCUUCUAAUGAAGAAAAGGGCUAAAACAAUGCGAAGGGGUUCUCAGUGUGCUGGACUUGCUAUAACCUCUCAGCCCACAGCAGUGACCAGGAGGAAGUCCAAGCUUGGCGGGAGACGACGGCUGACGGUGGGCAGACAGAGCAAGACAACUUCGGGGCCUGACCAUGAAUACAGUCAGCCAGAAAAAAGACAGAGAUGCUCAGGGCCUCAUGGCUAUUCACACGGCAUGGGAAAAACCAAAUAGCUGUAAUAAAUUAGUUUUAGUAUAACAGUUGUAGCCCAUCAUCCCUUUGCCUGAGAGGAGAUAGACAUGAGCUUGAGUGCUGUUUGGUAUGGAUGUAUUUUGUUCAGUGUAUAUAAUUUGUUUUUGUUUUUUUUUUUUUUUUUUUUUUUUUUGUUUUUUUUUUUUUUUUUUACAGACCUAUAAAAGGGGCUUGCUGUCCGAAUCAUUUAAAUCUCAUCUAUUUCCACGCCUCCAGUUACGCCCACUAAAUUUCUAAAUCUGCACUUAUAUUUUUGUACAUCAUGAUUCUUUGAGACAUAACACAAUGGCACAACUCUUUGUCUACUCUAACACCUAACUUCACAUUUGAGUUACAUUAUAGAUCGCUUGUUGACACCUGCAUAUGUAAAUAUAGAAAUUUGACUUUACUUUGUUAAAAAAAAAAAUUCAUUCCAACCUCCAGGUUAUUGCUGUUUCAAUGAAAUUAGCUCCAGUACCUGAUUUCUUCUUGCAUUCUACAACUACAAUAUUCCACAAGCUUCACCUUCCUUCACAGUGUGACAGAUUGACACUUGCAUUGAAGUUGACUUGUGCAGAGAAACUAAUGAAACAUGGCCCAAGUUGUUGCUAACUGCUUUAGGUAAUGAUGCAAGUGUGUGCACAUGAGGUAAAUGUAAUGUGUGCUGUACAUUAAUUCUAUAAGAGGAUACAUGUUUAAGAGAAACGAAUCUUUUUACACACACACACAUGCAUCGGUGCUCUUGAAACUGAGUUCAUAUGAACAAAUGAGUGUGUGUUUUGGUAGUGUUUAUCCUGUAGUGCCCUUAAAUUAUGGAAAUGCUGUUGUGAAAAAGAACAGGUUUUGUUAAAUUUGGAGUUGAAAAAGUAAUUUUUUUUUGUUUUGUUUUUUGUAGCUCAUUUUUAAAACAAAAUAAUUAGUUAUAAGAAGCUUGAAUUGAAUUCUCCAUCCUCAGGCGCAUGAGUUCAUUUGCUGCAACACUUGUUUGAUAUCUGCAGAAGUCUACCCUUUCUUGGACCCAUGGUUUAUCUAUGCUAAAUUAUACAAGCUUGUGUGUAAUGAUUUUUGUUUGUUUACAUGAGUGGAUAAUGGUGAGUUAUCAAAAUUUAAAUUUGUGUGAACAUGUUAAUAAUAUGCGAUUGCCUGCUGAUGAUGGAUAUCGAGCUUAACCGAGCAUGAUCUGUUUGCUGGAUUCAGAUUCUGUAACAAGUGCCUAAAGACAUUGUGCUUACAUUGUGGUUUACUUGGUAACCCCAGUAAACUAAACUAGAAUGA